GCUCAAGACCAAACAAUUAGGAUGGCACCAAAAAAUAGUAUACAGGAUAAGAAUCUGAAACAAGAAUUUUCAAGUCUUCUUCUCCAAACACUGCCUUAUGGACAAAACCAAAUCUUGAAAACAGGGAACAAGAGACACAAGGUAACUCACAAAACAAAAGCCUGGAAAAGUGUGGGAAUCACUUUAUUAUAUUCAUACUCAUUCUAUUCCUAUACAGUUUAAUAUCAUAGAACCUAUAAAACUAUUCAUUAAUUAAUCCCAGAGAAAUCAAUUGUCAGAAUCUCAUUAAUUGCAUUUCCCACAUACCAGUAGAAUUAUUUCUUCAGGUUGCAUUCCAAGUGUUUGAAGAAAUGCCUGAACGAUGGUUUCACUCAUUUUUACACCUACCAAUUUCUUGAAACCUCCUGUUUUCAACACCCUUUUGAGUUUUUCACCAAAAAGAUUUCAUUGCAGAAGAAAAGCUGUGAUUUUUAACCUUGUAUUGGGAAAAAAUAUGUGUUCUUUUCGGUUUUUUAAUAAGCUUAGAAAGGAAAGAACUGAGGAUAGUGUAUAUUGUUGGUGCAAGAAAGGGGAUAUGGAGCUGGAAGAGGAUAUUUUGGCUUUCAUGAAGUUAUCUGAGAAUCCAAAUGCUUUUCCAACAAGGAAAGAAUUGGAAAAAGCUGGAAGAGUUGAUUUGAUUGAAGCUAUAAAAAAGAGAGGAGGGUGGUUUUCAUUCGGUUGGGAAAUUGAGGAUGAUGAUAACAAUGUGAAUGCUAAUGAAGUUGAGACUGUGGAAAUGGAUUUUGACAUUGAGGAGUUUCAUAGAAGAGUGGAGAGUUGUCAAGACAGUGAUUUAUUACAUGGGAAUGAAGCUCAUUUGCCUGCCUCGUCGUCUGGUAGAUCGAUAGAAACUGUAGCAGAGGAAGAUAGCGGGAUUGAAGGGAUAUUGAGUCGACUAGAAAAAGAGAGGAACUCAUCUCUUGGUAUUGAUCUGGGAAAACAUGGACAUAUUUCUCAUACUUUAAGUAGGGACAACAUAUAUGAUAGAAGCUUUGGAACCACUGAUGCAGACAGGACUGACCUAGGAAAAAAUGGUAGCCUCAGUAAAGGUAGGCCCAUGAAAGGCAUUCAAAGUGAUGGGGAGCUUAACCAUAGCAUUUCACCAGCCAUGUGGAGAAAAUGGAGCAUACAACGCGCAGGCCCUCAGGAUAUAGAUUUUGAAGCUGGUGAGGUUGCCCUGGGUAAAAGUUGGAUUGAAGGUACAACCGAAACUUUGGGAGAUGAUGUAGUUAAUAUCACAGAGAAGAGAAGCAAAGCUUUACAAAGACUGAAAAAUGACAGCCACAAUGAGAUAAGCACUCGGCUUCAACAUUUAGAGCUUGAGCUAUCCUUGACACUCCGCUCAUUGAAAUCCAAGAGCGAGGAGUUAAGUUCAAAGGAGGUUUUUGGAAGCUCUCCAAGUGAUUUGCAAAGGCUUUCUGAUGCAUGUGAGUUUCAGGAGAAUGAAAUCAUGAGUGCCCAGGAGAGAUUGAGGUUGAUACGUGCACAUCUGGCUGUGCUCGAGGGGAAAAUGUUACUUGCAAUAAUUGAUGCGCAGAAGAUGUUAGACGAGAAGCAGAAGAGGAUUGAUAGUGCUAGUAAAGCUUUGCAGCUUCUUCGUACUGCUCGGAUUGUUUGGACUAACUCCGCCUCAGAGGUUCUUCUGGCGGGUUCAUUUGAUGGAUGGACAACUCAGAGAAAGAUGGAAAAAUUGCACACGGGUGUUUUUGCUGCAAGCCUAAAGUUGUAUCCAGGCAGAUAUGAGAUCAAGUUCAUUGUUGAUGGCAUAUGGAAGAUUGAUCCUUUGAGGCCCACUGUUCACAACAACCAGCAUGAAAACAAUCUUCUCAUUAUUACAUAAGAGCAUGUCCCUGAUAAGUUACUUCGAAAUGUGACAGACCAAUUGAUCCUAUCUUGUUAAAGGACUGAUAUUAUUUCGCUCUUGGAAGUUUUACCAAUCAGUGAUGGUCAUUGCGUCUUGACAAUUUCUGCAUAGGUUGUAUUGGGUUAGGCAUGGCCCUCUUCCUCACUGCUUUUGGAUUGAAAUGUAUCAUGCCUCAGUCAGUGAAGCAAGCCUGUGAAACACUGAAACCUAUCUCCGAGAUACGGGUAAGGUCUGCGUACACUUUACCCUCCCCAGAUCCCACAUUGUGGGAUUUCACUGGGUAUGUUGUUGUUGUUGGAGAGUUGAUAAAAUCAUCAGAAAAAUCUGGAGAAUGGUCCCAGCAGUCACCUUUUGGUGUUUAUGGACAAAAAGGAACAACAGAUGCUUUGAUGGCAUAUCAACUACAAUCUCUUCUCUGAAGUCCAAGUGUUCAGUUAAUCUGUUUAGCUGGAAUUUCCUUACCCCUCUAACCAAUGCAGAUACUUGUGUGGAUUUAUAAGCUCCUUAUCACUAGCUUAGAUUUCUUUUGUAAUGGAGCUCAAUCCUUAUUAUGUACUUUUGCAUCUUCUUGAUGCCUAUUAAUGAAACUUUCUUACUCCAUUAAAAAAAA